UCGAGGUUGAUGCCAGGUGGUGGCCCCUUGGACGAUUCUGUUUCUGCUGGAGAACUGAAGCUACUCAAGGCAGAAGUAGAUACGAUGAAGAGUGAUAUCCAGGAGCUGCUUUUAUCUUAGGUUCUUGGAAGGGUAUGCAGGACAAUUUUGAGGAAUUAAUGAAAUGGAAAACCAAAGUCAAGCAACAGGUAGUGGAAAUGACAAAUGUUUUGAGUGAUAUGCAAGGACCAAAGCAAAACACUGUCUCCAAGCCUGAAGAAUCUGAGCAAUGGGAGGAUUGGCUAGAGAGCACCAACCUUGACAGUUUUCAGGGAAAUGAACUUGUGCCAUGGUUUGAGAGCAACAAUCUUGUUAAUUCUGAGGAAGAAGUUAUAAUCCAAGAUCCCUAUUUAGCCCUACCGCUUAGAUCAAAGCAUGGUGAUGGUUCAUCCCAGGACCUUUUUUGCAAAAUCAAGGAAGAAAUGGCCGAAAUGGAGAGAAACAGAGAUGUGCUCGAGCUGGUACCGGAGAAGCAAAGGGAAUAUCAAACUAAUUUGACCCCUGAUUCUUCUGCUACUGCAAAUUCAAAGUCGGAUCUUGACAAUCUGGUUGUGUUUCAGGAAAUGUUUCAGGAGCUGUUUAAUUGGAAGUCUACAACAGAGCAGACUCUGAGUGAGAUAUCAAAUUCCAUGAAUGUCAUGAAGCAGAAUCCAAAACUAUUGACUCCACCAGCCCCUCAGCUACCAGAAGAUGGAAAUCACUUGCUGUUUAAGAAAAGAUGAUGGAUUAUCUGUUGAUCCGAUAUCAUAUAUGAGCUAAUGAUGGAUGCAGAAAGAGUUUGUUACUCUUGUACUGUAAGGUAUCGUUUGGUAUGCAGACGGGACGGAACGGGACAAGACGGGACGGGACAGGACGGGACGGAAUAGAGAGGGAGCAAAGAUGCCCUCAGAUGGUCACUAUAACCAUUAGUACGCCAAAGCAAGGAUGAAUCUUGCCUGAAAUAUCAAAUAUAAUGAAAACAAACUUAAGACCGACCUGGUCGGGUUUGGUUGGCUCCUUUGGUUCGCUGUAAUAAUGUGCAAUACCGGGUUGAGGGUUUAGGGUUUAGGGUUUAGGGUUUAAGGUUUAAGGUUUAGGGCUCGUGGAAGUUGACAGAGAGGUCGGGUUGUGUGUGUGUGACAAUGAACUUAUUGUCAAUCGUUUUAUUACAAGCCUUCAACUCGAUCUCAGUCGGGUUAGUAGAUCUUGAGAGAUUUGAUUUGAUUUAAUUUGAUAUGAUGUGAUUGUUUCCA